GGAGGCGCUGCCGCCGCCGGGCCCGAAGAUGUCGAACCUGAGCAAGGGGACGGGCAGCCGGAAGGACACCAAGAUGCGGAUCCGAGCCUUCCCUAUGACUAUGGAUGAGAAAUAUGUGAACAGCAUUUGGGAUCUCCUAAAAAAUGCAAUCCAAGAGAUCCAGCGUAAGAACAAUAGUGGUCUCAGUUUUGAGGAGCUGUAUAGGAAUGCAUAUACAAUGGUGUUGCAUAAACAUGGCGAAAAACUCUACACUGGACUAAGAGAAGUGGUCACUGAGCAUCUGAUAAACAAGGUGCGAGAAGAUGUGUUGAACUCUUUGAAUAACAACUUUCUACAAACGCUAAACCAAGCAUGGAAUGAUCACCAAACAGCGAUGGUGAUGAUUAGAGACAUUCUGAUGUAUAUGGACCGUGUGUAUGUGCAACAAAAUAACGUGGAGAAUGUCUACAAUUUGGGCUUGAUUAUUUUUCGAGAUCAAGUUGUACGCUAUGGCUGUAUUAGGGAUCACCUGCGGCAAACUCUGCUGGAUAUGAUUGCAAGAGAAAGGAAAGGAGAAGUUGUAGACAGAGGCGCAAUAAGAAAUGCUUGCCAGAUGUUAAUGAUUCUAGGUCUUGAAGGAAGGUCAGUCUAUGAAGAAGACUUUGAGGCUCCAUUUUUGGAGAUGUCUGCAGAAUUUUUUCAGAUGGAAAGUCAGAAAUUUUUAGCUGAAAACAGUGCUUCUGUAUAUAUAAAGAAAGUAGAAGCUAGAAUUAAUGAAGAAAUAGAACGGGUGAUGCAUUGUCUGGAUAAAUCAACAGAAGAACCAAUUGUGAAAGUUGUUGAGAGGGAGCUUAUUUCCAAGCAUAUGAAAACUAUAGUGGAAAUGGAGAACUCUGGGCUAGUUCAUAUGCUGAAAAAUGGGAAGACAGAAGACCUUGCUUGCAUGUACAAGUUGUUUAGCCGUGUGCCAAAUGGUCUGAAGACGAUGUGCGAGUGCAUGAGCUCAUACCUGAGAGAGCAAGGCAAAGCCCUAGUUUCUGAAGAGGGAGAAGGAAAGAAUCCAGUUGACUACAUUCAGGGUUUACUGGAUUUGAAGAGUAGGUUUGACCGCUUUCUUCAAGAAUCUUUCAAUAAUGAUCGACUCUUCAAACAGACUAUUGCGGGUGACUUUGAGUACUUCCUCAACCUCAACUCUAGGUCUCCAGAGUACCUCUCAUUAUUUAUUGAUGAUAAGCUGAAAAAAGGAGUCAAGGGACUAACAGAGCAAGAAGUAGAAACCAUAUUGGAUAAGGCAAUGGUUUUAUUUAGGUUUAUGCAAGAGAAAGAUGUUUUUGAACGCUAUUACAAGCAGCACUUGGCAAGGAGACUUCUCACAAACAAGAGUGUUUCAGAUGACUCUGAGAAAAAUAUGAUAUCUAAAUUAAAGACUGAAUGUGGGUGUCAGUUCACAUCUAAACUGGAAGGAAUGUUCAGGGACAUGAGCAUCUCAAACACGACGAUGGAUGAGUUCAGGCAACAUCUUCAGGCAACCGGGGUCUCAUUAGGUGGUGUUGAUCUUACAGUGCGGGUCCUCACAACAGGUUACUGGCCUACUCAGUCAGCCACACCAAAGUGCAACAUUCCUCCAGCUCCCAGACAUGCUUUUGAAAUAUUUAGAAGAUUUUAUUUAGCCAAACAUAGUGGGCGACAGCUGACACUCCAGCAUCAUAUGGGUUCUGCAGAUCUCAAUGCCACUUUCUACGGGCCUGUUAAAAAGGAAGAUGGCUCAGAGGUUGGCGUAGGAGGUGCCCAAGUAACUGGCUCAAAUACGCGGAAGCAUAUAUUGCAAGUCUCCACUUUCCAGAUGACUAUAUUAAUGCUCUUUAACAACAGAGAAAAAUAUACAUUUGAGGAAAUUCAACAAGAAACAGAUAUCCCCGAAAGAGAACUGGUUAGAGCCCUACAGUCCCUUGCAUGUGGCAAACCAACACAACGUGUUCUUACAAAAGAGCCUAAAUCAAAAGAAAUAGAAAAUGGUCAUAUAUUUACAGUGAAUGAUCAGUUCACAUCUAAACUACACAGAGUCAAGAUUCAGACGGUUGCUGCCAAACAAGGAGAAUCUGAUCCAGAAAGGAAAGAAACAAGGCAGAAAGUAGAUGAUGACAGAAAACAUGAGAUAGAAGCUGCUAUAGUUCGGAUAAUGAAAUCUAGGAAGAAGAUGCAACACAAUGUGCUAGUAGCAGAGGUAACUCAGCAGCUGAAGGCCCGAUUCUUACCAAGUCCAGUUGUUAUUAAAAAACGUAUUGAAGGACUUAUUGAGAGAGAAUAUUUGGCACGAACACCUGAGGAUCGCAAAGUAUACACUUACGUAGCAUAAAAUGCGUUCAGAAAAUUUGAUUUAUUCUUGGACUAUACUCUUCGCAUGAACUGGGAAGUUCUUUUAAAUCAUUAAUAUUAAGACGACCAUCUCUUCUAUUAAAUUACAAUACAUGUUCUAGACCAUUCAGAUCAAGCCUUUUACUCCUUUUGAGAGUUUUCAACAUCAAUUGAUUGAGCUUCAGGCUUUUCAACGUUAUCCCUGUAGAGAUCAUCCUUACAAUUCUUCGGGAAAAUGUGAAUGUGCCGCGUUUGUUUUCAAUACUGUAUGAAAACAGAAAAAUAAAAACAAAUUUAGAAAAUACAGCUCAUUUAAAAAAAAUAAAAUUGUUGGAAUUUCAUUUCCCCAGA